AAACCUCUCUGGGCUGCUCCGAGGGCCGCAGCUGGAGACGGCGCCACGAGGGGGCUGAGCGGGGCCAGGCGGCGGCGGGGCACUUCGGAGAGGCCAGGGCAGCUGAUGGUUUUGGAGAAAUUUCUUAAGGUAGCCGGACCCGCCCCCUUUCCCCCACCCAUCUCUUGUCCUCUCCCCACACCACCACCAUCCUGGCUUCCCUCCCUCAUGACCGCCUGGAUCCUCCUUCCUGUCAGCCUGUCAGCAUUCUCCAUCACUGGCCUAUGGACUGUGUAUGCCAUGGCCGUGAUGAACCGCCACGUGUGCCCCGUGGAGAACUGGUCCUACAACGAGUCCUGCUCUCCUGACCCCACUGAGCAAGGGGGCCCGAAGACAUGCUGCACUCUGGAUGAUGUACCCCUCAUCAGCAAGUGCGGCACAUCCCCAGAGAGCUGCCUCUUCAGCCUCAUCGGCAACGUAGGUGCCUUCAUGGUGGCUCUGAUCUGCCUUCUACGCUACGGGCAGCUCCUGGAGCAGAGUCGUCACUCUUGGCUUAACACCACAGCACUCAUCACAGGCUGUACCAAUACCGCAGGCCUCGUGGUGGUCGGCAACUUCCAGGUGCACUGCCUGCCCAUCCUUCUGCCGGGGGAGGGAGGUUGGAGGAACGUGGGUAAAUGUAAGCACGUUUCCCUUUCUACAUAGUCACCGACAUGCCCUUUAGGCAUAAACUGGUUUGGCCACUUAGAAAGCUAGAAUGGUCUUCACUUUAGAAACAUGUUUAUGUCUUCAGGUUUCUUAAAAGAAAAUGAACAAAGUCUAGAUUGGCCAACAGUUAAAGCGCUGAA